ACUAGAGAGGAGGCGGGAAAUGGCGUCCCAGGUAGCUGUCGUGUAGCCGUACUCGAAAUCUGCAACCAAGGAAAACAGAGUGGCAGGCGAGGAGAGGAGGAUAGCCUCCGAGGUGGCCUUUGGAACGACCACUCAAGCAACAAGUUAACCCCAGCCCGGGCAUGUAAGCGCUGAAACUGUUUAAUGUGAAUCCUGGGACAAUGAGGCUGAGAGUACGGCAGGCGUCUCAGCAACCCGACUCGUCCCCACCCCCUCCCACCCGCAGUUCCCAGGCCAAGAGGAAACACUCCGAGGUCGACCGCCCCGCCGCCCCCACCACCACCACCGCUGUCGCCAGGAUGCAGAAGAACGAGACUGGCCUCUUCUCCACCAUCAAGAGGUUCAUCAGAGGAAAUGCAGUCAAGGUGGAACAGUGCACACCUGCUAAGAGGAGUCGGCUAGACAACGAUGCAGAUGGCAACCUGAUCACCUCCACUCCAACCACGGGCAAGGCAGACCCCAGAACACGUCGGAAAAACCCUUCCAAAGGAGACACAGUGACUCACGACGCCAAGGCAGCGAAGCCCAAUGGGAAGCUGGCGGUCCAGGCCGAGCUGCCGGCCAGCCCUCCCCGCACCACCCUCCUGGGCACCAUUUUCUCCCCCGUCUUCAACUUCUUCUCCCCUGCCAAGAAUGUGCCUGAGGAGUUGGAGUCUCCUGGGCAGGCGGUGGAGGCGGAGGAGGUUGUGAAGCAGCUGGAGAUGGAGCCACCCGAGGAGACCCCCAGCAGCACGCCUACCUCCACCACCACUACCACGACUGCACCCGCACCCGCACCACCCUCCGCCAGCUCUGAGAGCCGAGGAGUCACCCUCUACCCCACUGGCCAAGUGCCCGCCAUGCCCCUGCCCGACUCCACAGUGGAGGAGGGCGAGAUCGUCACUGAAGCCGACAUGCCUCCCCUCACGGCGGUUGACUCAACGGACAGCAGCUAUCCCACAGCCCCUCCCUCUCCACCGCCUGAGGGCUCUUACGAAGAAGACUGGGAGGUGUUUGACCCGUACUUCUUCAUCAAGCACGUGCCUCCGCUGACAGAGGAACAGCUCACCCGCAAGCCUGCUCUCCCCCUCAAGACCCGCAGCACCCCAGAGUUCUCCCUCGUCCUUGACCUGGAUGAGACGCUGGUGCACUGCAGUCUGAACGAGCUGGAGGACGCUGCCCUCACCUUCCCUGUGCUCUUCCAGGACGUCAUCUACCAGGUUUAUGUGAGAUUAAGACCGUUCUUUAGAGAGUUCCUUGAACGCAUGUCUCAGAUUUAUGAGAUCAUCCUCUUCACGGCUUCUAAGAAGGUGUAUGCUGAUAAGUUGCUGAACAUCCUGGACCCUAAGAAACAGUUGGUCAGGCACAGGCUAUUCCGGGAGCACUGUGUGUGUGUCCAGGGCAACUACAUUAAAGACCUCAACAUCCUGGGGAGGGACCUGUCCAAGACGGUCAUCAUUGAUAACUCACCGCAGGCCUUUGCCUACCAGCUGUCCAACGGUAUUCCCAUUGAGAGCUGGUUCAUGGACCGGAAUGACAACGAGCUUCUGAAGCUGGUGCCUUUUCUGGAGAAGCUUGUUGAAAUGAAUGAGGAUGUCCGACCCCACAUUCGGGAGAGGUUCCGCCUGCACGACCUGCUGCCUCGCGACUGAGCAGGAUAGGGCCGCGUGGCAGUGGGCCUCACUGGGACCCCGCCCCACCCCCUCGACCCCCUACGUCCUUGCGAGGUGACGAUGGUGAUGGAACUUGCACCAGCAUCGUCACACCCACACAGACUCAUGAAAUGAGGAAGGGACUCAUGUUUUAACAGCUGCGGCUGCACACACACACACACACACACACGCAACUUUUAUACGAGUGGCACAGAAGAAACAGGAGCCCAUUGGUGGACUCACGGUAGCGCCUUGAAUGCUCAGGCUUCUGAGUAAUGAAUUCUUCUUGCUGAUUGGACAGGAUGCUGGGGGUGGUUCUUUUUUUUCACUCCGUCUUGGUGCUCGGACUCUUGGUUCUCUACAGCCACCCCUUCUGGAGCAGCCAGUCAGCUGUAUACAUAGGAUACCCCCAAUUCUCCCCAUGUACAUAUAUAUGACAUGACGUGUAUAUAUUUUCUCCUGUCCAAUUUUGCAGACGACCUCCUGCCAGUGACAACAUCAUGCAUUCCUCCCAGAGGGCAGAGGUCAAACAAACACACAAACGACGUGCUGAGAACUUUGACGUUCAUGUUUUUACCGUUGGUUGUUUAUAGAUGUAUCUCCACUGUUCAUUUGCUUUCGAGUUUUAAACAAAAUGUUCAGUCUGUUUUUAAGAGAGAAAAAAAAGAAAAUUGUGUUUUAUCAUACAUAGGCAUACACAACCUACAGGUUAAAACUGUCACAAUUUUAUUAUUAUUUUUUUAAACAAAAAAAAAGAUCAUGACUUAUUUGUGCUUCGGUGAUGACUGACUUAAGCCAUGGUGAUUGCUUACUUUCUGCCCCUUCAACAUGAAUACAGAUAUUUUCAUUGCUUCUA